UUUCAAUCCCAAAGAUAAGGUUCCUCCUCCUUCUUCUUCUUCUUCUUCCUCCUUCCUCCUCCUCUCUUCUUCCCUCUCUAAAUUCCUCUCCUACAUUCUCAUAAACCCUAAAAACCACCCACAAUGACCACUCUCCAAGCUUCUCUUCUCCUUAACCUCCCCCUCACUCCAUCUCUCUCUUCUUUUUCUUCUUCUUCUUCUUCUUCCUCACUCCAACGUCUCCACUUCUCUCGCUGCUCGGCUUCUUAUACUCACAGCCCUCAUUCUUUCCCCAAUUUCAAUCUCUCUCCACCGCCGAGCUCCAGAAAUUUCCGAUUCAGCGGCCGGAGCGCGUCGAUUCCCGGCGCAUUGUCACCGGAGAGCGCCAAUUUGGAUCAAGAACCGGGCUUUAUCGAGACCCAAUUAGAUUCCGACGAUAAAGGCUCGACCUUGGAUGAAAUCGACGGCGAGGAUUCGAGCCCCGAAAGGGAGGAGCUUGGGGCGGCGGAGGAGGAGGCUGGGGGUGAGGAGAGUGAGGCGGAGAGUGGAGGAUUGGUGGGGAAGAAGAGCUGGAAGGGGUUGCCGGUGGUGGUGUUUAUGAUGGGGCUGUGGGCAACUGUGAGGAGAGGGUUUGAGAAGGCGUUGGCGUCGGAGUGGUUGAGUUGGUGGCCGUUUUGGAGGCAGGAGAAGCGGCUGGAGAGGCUGAUUGCCGAGGCCGAUGCCGACCCUAAGGACCCGGUGAAGCAGGGUGCUCUGUUUGCUGAGUUCAAUAAGCACAGUCCUGAGUCUGUCAUCAAGCGCUUUGAACAAAGGGAUCGUGCUGUAGAUAGUAGAGGAGUUGCAGAGUACCUACGAGCUCUUGUGGUCACUGAUGCUUUAUCUGAAUAUCUUCCAAAUGAUGAAUCUGGAAAACCUUCUAGUCUUCCUUCCCUGUUGCAAGAGUUGAAACAACGUGCAUCAGGCAACUUGGACGAACCCUUUGUCAACCCUGGCAUAAAUGAGAAGCAACCGUUGCAUGUUCUGAUGGUUGAACCUAAAGCAUCAAAUAAAUCUCGUUUUACUCAAGAACUUAUCUCAACCAUAUUGUUCACAGUUGCGGUUGGAUUAGUGUGGUUUAUGGGCGCAGCUGCUCUUCAAAAGUACAUAGGGAGUUUGGGUGGAAUAGGUGCUUCGGGUGUUGGCUCAAGCUCAUCCUAUGCCCCGAAGGAGUUGAAUAAAGAAGUGACUCCAGAAAAGAAUGUUAAAACAUUUAAAGAUGUCAAAGGUUGUGAUGAUGCAAAGCAAGAGCUUGAGGAGGUAGUGGAGUAUCUCAAAAACCCAACUAAAUUUACCCGCCUUGGGGGCAAGUUGCCAAAGGGAAUUCUUCUGACAGGAGCACCAGGAACAGGAAAAACAUUACUUGCUAAGGCUAUUGCUGGAGAAGCUGGGGUACCAUUUUUUUAUAGAGCGGGAUCUGAGUUUGAAGAAAUGUUUGUUGGAGUUGGUGCUCGCCGUGUUAGAUCCUUAUUUCAAGCAGCUAAGAAAAAGGCUCCCUGCAUUGUUUUUAUUGAUGAAAUAGAUGCUGUCGGAUCCACUCGAAAGCAAUGGGAAGGGCACACAAAGAAGACGCUGCAUCAAUUACUGGUUGAAAUGGAUGGUUUUGAGCAGAAUGAGGGUAUAAUUCUGAUGGCUGCAACCAACUUGCCUGAUAUUCUCGAUCCAGCAUUGACCAGGCCUGGUCGAUUCGACAGGCAUAUUGUUGUCCCAAAUCCAGAUGUGCGAGGUCGACAGGAAAUAUUAGAACUUUAUCUUCAAGAUAAGCCAUUAGCUGAUGAUGUGGAUGCUAAAGCAAUAGCCCGCGGCACACCGGGAUUUAAUGGGGCAGAUCUUGCGAACUUGGUUAACAUUGCUGCCAUAAAGGCUGCUGUUGAAGGGGCCGACAAGUUAACUAGUAGACAGUUAGAGUUUGCAAAGGACAGGAUAGUCAUGGGUACAGAGAGAAAAACAAUGUUCGUAUCUGAGGAGUCGAAGAAGCUCACUGCUUACCAUGAAAGUGGUCACGCAAUUGUUGCAUUGAACACUGAGGGCGCACAUCCUAUCCACAAGGCGACAAUCAUGCCUCGUGGAUCUGCUUUGGGAAUGGUUACCCAGCUCCCUUCAAAUGAUGAGACAUCAGUUAGCAAGAAGCAGCUGUUGGCACGUCUUGAUGUCUGUAUGGGAGGAAGAGUAGCAGAAGAGCUCAUCUUCGGUCAGGAUCAUGUCACUACUGGAGCAAGUAGUGAUCUACACACAGCUACAGAGCUGGCCCACUAUAUGGUAUCAAGCUGUGGUAUGAGCGACACAAUUGGGCCGGUGCAUAUCAAAGAGCGACCUAGUUCUGAAAUGCAGUCCCGUAUAGAUGCAGAAGUUGUGAAACUGUUAAGAGAAGCGUAUGAUCGUGUUAAAGCCCUCUUGAAGAAGCAUGAGAAGGCGUUACAUGCAUUAGCAAAUGCUCUUCUGGAGUAUGAGACGCUUAGUUCAGAAGAAAUUAGGCGUAUUCUUCUGCCAUUUCAAGAAGGAGGACGGCUACCAGAGCAACAAGAAGAGCAACAAGAAGAAGGGGAUCUUGUAUUGGUUUAGACUUUUCUCUCCUGGUUUGUAACUUAUCCGACUGUCCGGGAGGAGCCUGUUCAGCAUAUUUGAAGCAUUAGAGUGAGUUAUCUCUACAAUCCUGAUCAUCUUCACUCCAUAAAAUGUGGCAUAAGAGGAGUUGUGUAUGGGACGCAACAUCCAAACCAAAGUCAGCUCACAUUCUUUGAUGACGAGCCAAUCACGCUCUUUGAUGACAGGCCAAGGUCGAAGAAUUAUGUACCAUUACAAAAUUAUAUAUUUAAUUGAACUUCACCUUGCAGGUGAUUUUGUAGGAAUACCUGUAGUCUAGUCCUUUUGUACAAAUAGAAAUGCAAAGUUAUUGACCUACUUAAAGCUGAAUUGAUGAAAUGUUCUGCUCAGCAAUGAUUUGUUUCACAAUUACCUAUUGAACAAGCUUUGCUUGGAUAAAACUAUACUGUAGUAUUGUGUUCA